AUGGGCGGAAACAAGAAGAAACAUCUCAACAUCUUCCCCAUCUUCUUCUUCAUAGCCAUUUGGCACGACAUUGAGCUUCACCUGUUGAAGUGGGCGAUGUGUGUCCUGACCAUGUUCGUACUGGAGCUUUCUGUUGGUUUUAUAUGGUCCUCCCCACGAUGUGCCCGGUUGCGUUGUUCUAGGUACCAGCGUCUUAUUCGCUCUUUUGGUGGGUUAUUUACUGUUUUUGGCUUAAUUGUCGCAAAUCUAAUUGGCUUCUCUUCUGGGGCGAAUGGGGUGAAUGGGCGCCCGAUGGAUCGAGUCACCACCGAAGAUUUGUGGUCGGUUGGACCCGUGUUUGUCUUGACGCUGUUUUUGUUUUUGUACUGUGCGGCAGCGUUGGGCAUCAUGAACCGCGACGCGGAGGCAGCAGAAGUGCGGCGGCUAAAGAAAAGGUAUGGUGUCCUCGGGGGUGCUUAA